AUGGGUGGAGCUUUUCUAUUAAUAAAUAAAAAUUCUGCCCCUUCAAUUAAUGGAAAUAUUAAUUUAUUUGAUCAAAAAGUAGAUUCAUUUAAUCGUUGUAUUUCACAUAGUAAUUGUGAUUUUUGCACAACAGAUGAAUUAUGUGGAUUUUGUGAGAAAAAGGGGAAUAAUGGAGGGGGAUUUUGUCUUCCUAAGGAUCAUUUUAAUGCAGAUAUUCGUUCUAUAACUGGGCCUUGUUCCUCAAAAAAUAGCACAAAUGGAUUACAUUUUAUUGAAAAUAUUGAAUAUGAAUGGUAA